AUGAAUAUCAUUGCCUGGAAUGUCCGAGGCUUCACGGACGAGACCAAGCGACUCCUUAAGGAACAUUGCAGUUCCUUCUCUCCUAUUAUCUUAGGUGUUAUUGAACCUAAAAAAGAUAUUACAAAAGUUCGUUUCAGUUAUUGGAACUCUCUGAACCUUUAUCCGGUUCAUCAAAAUUGCCGGGUUUCUUGGUGUCCCAAUAUUUGGUUUUUGGUCCAUCCGGAUGUGGUGGCUUCGGUUGUGUUCUCUUCUUCGCAAGUUGUUAUUGUGGACUGCUCCUGGCACUCUCUGGAUUUUCGGGUGGCGGUGGUUCAUGGGUCCAAUGAUCAUAUUGAGAGACGGGCUCUUUGGUGCGAUCUUCUUCGUUUCGCUGAGGGUUGUACGGUAUUUAUUGGGGAUUUCAAUGCGGUGAAAGGAGCUCAUGAAAGACGUAGUAACAUUGCUCCGCCUAGAGCUUCUUGUUUGGAGUUUGGUUCCUUUAUUGAUGAUACUCAUUUUAUUGAAUCUCCAACCGAGGGUUUGCGUUUCACCUGGUCGGGUCGCCGUCUUCUUCCACGCCAUAUGGAAUCCAUGUUGGACAGGGCGCUUUUUUCUCAAGAUUUUGCUGAUAUUUGGGAUUCGGUUGUGACUUCUGCUCUCCCUCGUCUCACUUCUAAUCACUCCCCACUGAACAGAGAGGUUUUCGGUAAUGUGGACUCUUCGAUCCACAGGUUCCACAUUCAACUCUUGGAUAUUCAGAAGAGGAUAUCGGAGGUUGGUUACACGGACAGCCUGUUUGAUGCUGAGAUAAAUCUUCAAGCCGAGCUGAAUGUCGCUCUUACCCGCAAAAAUAGCUUACUCCAACAAAAGAGCAGGAUCACCUGGCUGAAAGAUGGCGACAGAAACACGAAGUUUUUCCAUAGAAUCGCUAAAUUCAAAAAGCGGUAUGCCCCAAUCACGCAUUUAUCUAUUGCGGGUGUCGACGUGUACGACCCUAGGGUGAUCGAACAACACAUCGUUGAUCAUUUUGUUACGCUUUUCAUGGAUGAUGGUAGCCCUUUAGCUGAUUCCCUGGAAAUUGAAGCUUACUCGACGCAUGCUGUCACUGAUGAGCAGAACAGCCUUCUUGUCCGCAUUCCUGACGAGGGAGAAAUUGUGGCCGCUGUUUUUGGCAUGGAUAUGAACAGUGCCCCGGGUCCUGAUGGGUUCUCGGACACGGUUGACUCGGCUUCUGAUCUUCGUCCCAUCGUGCUCUCCAAUUUCUUUUUCAAGAUUAUUUCUAAGAUCAUGGCUUCUAGGCUCAAUGUGGUGGCCGCCUCUCACGUUUCGCCUAAUCAGUUUGGCUUUAUUAGUGGCCGGAACAUUCACGACUGCAUUAUGCUUAGCUCGGAGGGUUUCAAUUGUAUGCAGCGUACUAACCGUGGGUUAAAUAUGGCUUGUAAAAUUGAUAUCAGAAAAGCGUUUGAUACGAUUCGUUGGGGUUUCAUCAUGCAGGUGCUUAGGGCUACGGGCUAUCAUGAGUCUUUCAUCCAGUGGGUUCAGAUCAUUUUUUAUUCUGCACGGUUGUCGAUCCUGUAUAAUGGGAAUCUUAGCGGUUAUUUUGCUUGCUCUCGGGGUGUCAGACAAGGGGAUCCUUUAUCUCCAAUCUUAUUUGGUAUCGCUGAGGAUGUUUUGAGCAACAUUUUUCAGAGUUGUGUGGAGUCUUCUCAUUUGAUCCCAAUACGUUUCAGCAGAACCAGGAACUACCCAACUCACCUGUUUUACGCUGAUGAUAUUAUUUUAUUUUGCAAAGCUACGGUUCGGAAUGCCCGCAAGAUUCAUGAGAUCCUCAAUUAUUAUGGCUCUAUAUCGGGGCAACACUGUAGCACUGAGAAAUCCAACCUUUUCUUUGCUAGACGGGUCCCUACUGACAGACGACGUGCAAUUCAGCGGGCUUUGCCUUUCUCGUUUGGAGGUUUGCCCACAACUUACCUCGGGGUCCCGAUCUUUAUUGGUAGGAAACGCACGGCUUACUUUAUGCCGAUUUAUGAUCGAAUUGUGCAAAAAUUUGCUCGUUGGAAAGGAAUCCAACUCUCCAUUGCAGGAAGACUUUGUCUUGUUCAAUCUGUCAUCCAAAGUUCCCUUGUGCACUCUAUGAUGAUCUAUAAGUGGCCGAAGUCUCUUCUUCACUCUCUUGAUAGGAAAUGCAGGAACUUUGUGUGGUCCGGAAGUGUGGAUAAGAAGCCUACUUGUGUGGUUAGUUGGGGGCGUGCUUGCUCGCCUAAAGCCGAAGGGGGUUUGGGAAUUCGAUCUUUGACCCUGAUGAAUCAAUCUUAUCUCAUGAAACUUGCCUGGAAGAUGAUCAAAAGUGUGGAUUGGGCGCAUCAACUUUUCAGAUCACGCUAUCUCACUACCUUCGGCUAUGCUAAAAAAUCGAUCUCCAAUUCGCCGGUUUGGGUUGGGGUGAAACAUGAGGUUGAUCAACUGGUGGAGAAUUCUUACUCUUGUGAUUAUUUCUAUGAUGGGGUGUGGCACUUCUCGGCCUCCUUUGUUAACCGCUUCCUGGAAGUGGUCGUGGACAUUCUGCUGGUCCCGAUGAAUGGUGAUAAUGAUUCCCGGUACUGGAAGAAUUCGAUCUCUGGUGAUGUCUCCGCAGCUCUUGCUUUCUCGAGUAAAUGUCACUACUUCCCCAAAGUGAGGUGGGGAACGUGGAUAUGGGAACCUUUUAUUCCUGUUCGACGGUCCAUUCUCUGUUGGAGGGAUACAUGGUCGUCUCCCAACGUUGGAUAUUUUAAUCCGCCAAGAGUGUUGUGGAAGGAGUUUCUUUCUUGGUUUCAGAUGGAUCAUCUUCUAGAGUGUGCUGAUAUUCAUGAUUUUCUUGUUGCGGCCUGGAACGCUCGUUCUAGUGCUCGGAUUAGGGCUUUCUGGAAAGCUGGGAUUAUCUCCUUCAUGUGGAGGAUUUGGGAUUGCAGGAACUCGAUCAUCUUCGAUAGCGCCAGUUUUGAUGGCCGUUCUAUUUUAGCUUUCGUGAGAGGCUUCUUCAAGGAAAUUGGCAGCACUUCUAUGAGCUUAGGCAAUACCAAUAGCUCUUGGAAUGACUACAUUGUCUCACGUAAUCUCGGUGUGCCUAACAAAGUGGCGCCUCCUCCGCACAUGGUUGAGGUGCACUGGUGGCCUCCGGUGCGUCACUGGAUCAAAGUUAAUACCGAUGGUUCCGCGAUGGGUUCGCCUGGAAUCAUCGCUGCUGGAGGUGUUUUCAGGGACAACUGGGCGGUGGUUCGUGGAUGCUUUCAUAUAAAAGGCGGCGUUGGUUUUGCUUUUGAAGCGGAGCUUUUGGCGAUUAUCACGGCAAUUAACAUUGCUCAUAAUAGGAACUGGUUUCAUCUUUGGAUUGAGUCCGACUCGACCUAUGUCGUCAAACUUCUGGAGUCACGAACGUUGGAAGUUCCGUGGAGUUUUAUCGCUUCUUGGAAAUAG